AUGCUAUCCAGUCCAUCAACGGUUCAUCGUCUGGUAUUGACUUCAUCAUGCGAGCUCAGAAGAAUAUUUGAUAGUCAUAUGUUUGUACAGCAUAGCUCAUGCGUGUCUCGAAAUUUAGUUUAUAAAGGGAUGUUACCGGAUCUUUCUCCGCAUUUACACACCAAAGAAUGUAAUUUUCUCAUAGAGCUUCUAAAGCGAUGUAACAAGGAAAAAACUAUAGGUAGUUUAGUAAGUACUUUGGCCAGUGCUCGUUUUGGGAUGAGGCGGUGUGGCAGUGUACAAAAAAAGAACGAAUAUGGCGAAGGCAAGGAUCACAAUCCAUCUUAUUCUAAACGAGUUGUUGAAUUACGUAAUCUGCCGGAAGAUUAUUGGACUCCGUUAAUGCACAAAUUGAAGAAAGAUGGUAUUAUGCCCGACUUAACACGAAGUGAAGGGUGCCGGAUAUAA